AUGGCUGCAGCUCAAUCAAAUUCAGGGGACUUUAUCAGCAUUCUUAGUAGCGAAGACGAGCGUCCCUUGCCAAAGAAAAGGAGAUCCCCAAACGACAGCCCGGCUAGCAACGAUGGAAAAAAUGCUUCUGCAGAGCGGUCCAAACGUGCUCGGAUAAGCCCUGCCUCUGCUGAUAGUAUCACAGGCGCCAAGGUAUCAGAAGAAGGAGAAAUUGAUGAGGAUUCUGAGGGUGACGUUCACACACCUGAUACAGGCAGCGAGGGGAAGAGAUCAGGGGACUCUGCAUCAGGCGCCGUCUUUGUUCCCAGAGACCCCCCGGUUUAUACAAAUGACUCGCUAUCACUUCAACUGCCGGUGUUUUCACAGCAAAGGGAGGGCUCUUGGCUUGAAAGGUUCAAGGAAUGGGUGCAGCUUCUGCAUACGGCAAACUCAUCGCAUGCUGCUGAGUUAACACCUACACUGAUUCGAGCUGCUUACGCUCAAUACAUCGAUAUCCACAGCAGAAUAAAGUCGAACAAAAAGCGCAGCGCGAAGCUGGCCGCUGAUAACUUUGAAGACGCAUCUCUGGCACAGUUGCUGGCGUCUCUUCGGCCAGAGGCUGCGCAGGCACAGCAGCCAGCAAAUGGGUUGACUGAGCCGCAAAGCCGGUCAGACGCGUCGGACCAGCUGCAAACAGCCAACUACAAGAAUGAUGAACCAGCUGCUAGCGAUGGCCAGCCUGAUGAAUUGGCAGCACAGGCCAGUGGCGGCUAUGUCAUCGAUGUGAACCCACAACUUCAGGCUUCAAACGCGCAGAAGCAGCAGCCAGAACCUCAGCCUACCAAAACCACCAUGCCGCGCCGAGAAGGCGUUCCGUCGGGGGACGACGCCCUGCAACAGCAGCAUCGAUACUUUCCUUCGGCUGCCGAUCCAUCCAACAUGUGCUUGCUCUGUGGGCGAGAGGGUCACACUGCAGACGGCUGCACAAACGACUCGUGCAAGUUUUGCGGAAAAAAUGACCACUGGCAUUAUGUGUGCACGUCCAUCAAACUCAGAUGUCGCAAAUGCAACCAACUUGGCCACAAAGCUGCCUCGUGUACGGAGAAGCUAGCCCUUACCAAACAAGAAGGGCGCGCGUGCAGCUAUUGCAACUCGCCCGACCAUCUGGAGACUGAGUGCACAGAGAUUUGGCGAUCAUUCCACCCUGAAACGGGAACGAUCAAGACUGUUACUGCAUUGCCAGUAUCAUGUUCUAUUUGCGGUAGCGGACAACACUUUGCCGGAGACUGCAGACAGAGACAAGAUUCCGCGCCAAAUCCCACCUGGUCUUUGGCAAACAAGGACCAAUAUCUCGACCCAACAUGCAGCUCAUCUGCGAUUUCCAGUGUUGCGGAGCCUUUGUCAAACCAAUCGUCAGACCUGAGAAUCCGCGGCCACGCUUCCCGUGCCAACACUGUCCACUACUCUGAGGGCGAGGACUCUGAUGAUGUGGAAUUCCUGGGUCAUCGAGCUGCACCGAAACCGGUGCGGACAGGCCGUAUUACAGUGUCGACCAACCUCCACACCCCCAAUGGAAGCCAUCAGCCUCCUCUCCCGCCCGGUCCACCACCUCCUUUGCCUCCACACCCGUCGAACAGGCGCCCGCCUGCACCAGGCACAGCAAGACAGGCCUAUUCUCAAGGACAAGUCGGAUCUUCGCUUCCCGCCAGACCACCAGCGCCUUCACGGGAUUAUAGCAGUGUGCCGCCACCCUCUUCCGUGUCUGGAAGAGGAGGACGAGGCGGUGGACGAGGCGACAGAGGUGGACGAGGCGGUAGAGGAGGAAGCAGAGGCUACCGAGGAGGAAAGUUUAGAGGUGGCAGAUAUUGA